UGUGUCUUAUCUGUGCUUGGAGUUUUUUUUUAAGUUAACAAAAAAUAAGCUAGUAAUGUUUAAAGUCUUACUGAAACAUUCAGUGAAAGUUUUAAGGAAGUUCUUGAAAACCCCCUAAAUAACCUAUAAUUUCCAUUUUCAGAGCCUUAAUAAAACCACCCAGAGUAAAACAUUCUCAGAACCUCCAUGCAACCAAAAAUAAACGUUUCCAGAACAGGCAGUGUUCACUUCUAUUCUAUCAGUCAGGUAAUUUAUGGCUUCGUUCCCAGAACCAACAGGAAACCAAAAACGUAUGUUCCCACAACUUCCAAGGAAACAAAUGUAGUGCUGUUUAUUUAUCGUGUGAGAGUACACCACAUCUCAAAUCAUAAAAUGAUAUGCCAACUAUCUAAUCAGAGUAGUUCUGAGGAAAUAGCCUACAAGCAGUAUCUCACUAAUGUAUUCAAUAGUUUUGACUCAUAUCUGUCUAUAAAUCACUCUUGACUGGAGUAUAUGACAUUUAUUCACGAAUUCCCAUCAAUGUAUAGAUAACAAAUGAUAAGGGAACAGCCUUAUGUAAAUACAUUUUAUCAACAGGUAUGGAUACAACCUAGUGGGAGGAGUUGCCUUUUCUAUUGGAACUUUUAUGAACUAGGUGCUCUGCUUAUUGGCAUUAUUUGGAACAUAACUUAAUCCGUUUGACACAACCAAACACGAAUCACAAUGAAUUUACUUAUUUCAUUUUUCUUUGCCACCAUUGUGAAGAUUCAAGGGGCAGAUUGGUGCUACCAGUCCCAGGUUACAUGCGGUGGCAACUGCACAGGACCUGAUGGUUGGGCAACGGUUGCUGGGACAUGUGACGGAAGAGCCCAAUCUCCAAUUAACAUUGUGACGAGAAGAACCCUACCAGACGGACGCCUUACACCAUUCACAUUCACUGGGUACCAAGAGGCUUUCCAUGGUUUCAUCACAAACAAUGGUCACACUGUUCAAGUGGACCUGCCUGCCACAGCGAAGGUUCAUGGUGGAGAUCUGGCGGUGCCAUACAAGGCAGUACAGCUCCACCUGCACUGGGGCAAGGAUGGAGGCCCUGGAUCAGAACACACCAUUGAUGGAGAACGAUAUCCCAUGGAGCUGCAUAUUGUUAAUAUAAAAGAGGAAUACAACUCUUUGGCUGAAGCUCUGAAAGACCCUGCAGGGGUUGGAGUUCUUGGAUUCUUUUAUGAGGAAUCAAGAAGCUCCAACAAGAAAUAUGACGCCAUUGUAAAUGCUCUGAACACUAUCAAACAUCCCAGCUCAAACACUACCCUUAGUGAAGUGUCCCUGGACAUGCUCAUCCCCUCUCGGAGUAAUAUGACCAGCUACUUCCGCUACAAUGGCUCUCUCACCACACCUGCCUGUGUAGAAUCUGUCGUCUGGACAAUGUUCGAAAAUACUAUUCCUCUCAGCAGUCAACAGCUUGCUGCAUUUUCUCAGCUUCAGUUUGCUGAUGGAAAGCCUAUGGUGGGAACCUAUCGCCCAGUCCAGCUAUUGAAUGGUCGCCAGGUGUAUCGCUCUGGAAGUCAAGUUGUCUUAGUCAGCACUCUGCUACUCAUCACCUCUGUGAUAUCUGCCAUUGGACUCCCACUGCCCAACUAAAUACCAGGAUCUUUGGAUUUGGGUAUCAGUGAAUUAGAGUGCCUGAUAUUGUCAAAAUCUCAAGUGCUUAUAUUUCGCUUUGCUAUGCAGAUGUUCUCUUUCAAGUUUACUUUACUUGCCAAAUUAUAGUUGAUACAGUUUAUUCAAGGGGGUAAUGUGUUUAAGGACACAGCAUAAAUAAUGCACCAAAACAUUUUAUAUUUUUAUUGUUAUGUAUAAAAUAAUACUUGAGAUGGCAUUGAGCCAAGCAUUGUGAUUACCCUCUUAUUACCUUCAUAUCAUUAUUGUUAAUAUUUAAUUAACCUCAAACUUCCUAUUGUUAUUGAACGGUCAAUGUCAUUAUGUGACCUGUGCUUUCCACAGAACCAGCAACACAACUGUUGAGAAUCAGUAUCAAAGCACUGGAACUCUGAUCUAUAUUGUUUGGUAACAAACCACAUGCAUGUAUUUUUUGUAUAAAUAAAAUCAAAUUGUAUUGGUCACAUA